AUGGAACGUGACUUAUGGAACCGCUUCACCUCUCGGUGUUCCUCAAAAGGUGAUUCUUAUCAACGGAGCGGAAUCCAACACAGGAAGAACUGCUGGCAAGAUGGUGUGGCUGGGACUUCAUGUCCAAUCCCAGCAGGACAAAACUUUACUUACCAUUUCCAACCUAAGGACCAGAUUGGUUCCUACUUCUAUUACCCAACCACUUCUCUCCACCGUUUUGCUGGUGGUUUUGGUGGUCUCCGUGUCAACAGCCGUCUUCUAAUCCCGGUCCCUUAUGCUGAUCCUGAAGAUGACUACACUGUCCUUCUCGGUGACUGGUACACAAGUGGCCACACCACUCUCAAGAACUUCCUUGAUAGUGGACGCACUCUUGGGUUACCUAACGGUGUUUUGAUCAAUGGAAAGUACGGAAAGGUGGGAGGAAAGAACGAGCCUUUGUUCACAAUGAAGCCUGGAAAGACUUACAAGUACAGGCUUUGCAAUGUUGGGUUUAAGUCUACUCUUAACUUCAGGAUACAAAACCAUAAGAUGAAGCUUGUGGAGAUGGAAGGUUCUCAUGUUCUUCAAAACGACUAUGACGCACUCGAUGUUCACGUUGGCCAGUGCUUUGCAGUUCUUGUGACUGCUAAUCAGGCAGCUAAAGACUACUACAUGGUUGCAUCAACUAGGUUCCUCAAGAAGGAGUUAAGCACUGUUGGUGUGAUCCGUUACGCAGGAAGCAAUGUUCAAGCUUCAACUGAGCUCCCUAAGGCUCCUAUUGGUUGGGCUUGGUCUUUGAACCAGUUUAGGUCAUUCAGGUGGAACCUUACCGCUAGUGCUGCAAGGCCUAACCCACAAGGUUCAUACCAUUAUGGAAGAAUCAACAUUACCCGUAGCAUCAAGCUUGUUAAUUCUAAGAGCUUGGUGAACGGUAAAGCCCGGUUUGGAUUCAACGGUGUAUCACACGUUGAUACUGAGACUCCUUUGAAGCUAGCUGAGUACUUCCAGAUGGCAGAGAAGGUGUUCAAGUACAAUGUCAUCAAGGACGAGCCAGCAUCCAAAAUCACAACAUUGACCAUACAACCUAAUGUUCUCAACAUCACAUUCCGUACCUUUGUUGAGAUCAUUUUCGAAAACCACGAUAAGAGCAUGCAAUCAUUCCAUUUGGAUGGUUAUUCUUUCUUCGCAGUCGCUUCUGAGCCAGGGAGGUGGACACCUGAGAGCAGAAAGAACUACAACUUGCUCGAUGCGGUUAGUAGACACACAGUGCAAGUCUACCCCAAGUCUUGGUCAGCUAUACUCUUGACAUUCGACAAUGCCGGUAUGUGGAACAUUAGGUCUGAGAAUUCGGAGAGAAGAUACCUUGGAGAACAAUUGUAUGUGAGUGUUCUCUCACCCGAAAAAUCGCUUAGAGACGAGUACAACAUUCCCCUCAACACUAACCUCUGUGGCAUCGUCAAGGGCUUGCCAUUGCCUGCAAGCUACACCUAA